GGUGGGGGUUGGGCGGCUCGAUGGCGACGUUCUUCGGGGAGGUGGUGGCGGCGCCGUCCCGGGCCGGGGUGGACGAGGACGAGGAGGAGGUGGCGGCGGGGGAGCGCGAGGAGACACCCGAGGACCGCGAGAUCCGCAGGGAGCUGGAGAAGAAAAGGGAGGUCCACAUCCUUUGGAAUUCGAAGUUAAGUGCAUCUACUGGAAGCUUUACAGAUGAGCAGUUUCCUUGCUCUAAGUUUAUAUUGGCGAUAGGACAUAAUUCUGUAGCUUUCCUGUCCUCAUUUGUUCUGAAUUCUGGAUGCUGGGAAGCAGUUGGCUCUGUCAAAUUGUGGAAUGAAUGGUGCAGAACAUCAAAUACAACAAGUGUUCUUCCAACAGAUGCUUUCUGUUUGUUCUACAAAUUAAUAUCUGAUCCAACAGUAUUGUUGUGCCAGUGCAAUUGCUAUGUGGCUGAAGAUCAGCAAUUUCAAUGGCUUGAAAAGGUUUUUGGCUGUAUGCGGGAGGAGGAUCUGCAAGUAACCAUUCUUUCAACAUGUCCCGUAACUGAUUAUAAAACCCCUGAAUCCACUUUAACGCUUCCUUCUCCUUUUCUGAAAGCUUUAAAGACAAAAGACUUCAAAGAGACCAUCUGUUGUCCACUGCUGGAGCAGCCAAAUAUUGUACAGGGUCUCCCUGCUGCUGUUCUGAGUUAUUGUCAAGUAUGGCAGAUUCCUGCAGUGCUGUAUCAGUGUUACACGGAUGUCAUCAAACUGGACACUGUUACAAUUGAAGCAUUCAGGCCUGUGCUUUCUUCUAAGAACCUGAAGAGUUUAGUCAAGGAUAUGUCCAGAAGUGCAGAGAUACUGAAGAAAUUAGUGACAACCAAUGAAAUUCAUAAUAACAUCUAUACAUAAAGAUAAAGUGGACACUUAUCACCAACCAGUACAUUCAAGUCUGAUGUGUGCUUUUGUCAACUCCAAUUGCUUAUUUGAAGAUAUUUUGGAAUUCUAGCUGCUUCUUUAAAAGUGGAAUAAAUCCUAAUAGAUUUUUUUUUU